UGGAACAGUAAAGAAGGAAAGGGGCAGGCUGGGUAUCUCAGCAACAGCCGGGUGCCUCUGCUGCUGGACCCGUGCAUUGUGCCCGGUAACUCUAUGCCCUUCUGUCACCGAAGCACGGUAGCAUAGACACAGCCAACAUGGACCUGUUAGGGGACCUCAGGAGGAUGAACAAGCGGCAGCUUUACUAUCAGGUUCUGAACUUUGCCAUGAUAGUAUCAUCCGCACUUAUGAUAUGGAAAGGUUUGAUCGUCGUGACAGGAAGUGAGAGCCCUAUUGUUGUAGUACUAAGCGGGAGUAUGGAACCGGCAUUCCACAGGGGUGAUUUGCUCUUCUUAACAAAUUUCCAGGAGGACCCUAUUCGGGCAGGAGAGAUUGUGGUCUUUAAAGUAGAAGGCAGAGAUAUCCCAAUAGUUCACAGAGUCAUCAAAGUUCAUGAAAAGGAAAAUGGAGACAUUAAAUUUCUCACUAAAGGAGAUAAUAAUGAGGUUGACGAUCGGGGUUUAUAUAAAGAAGGACAAAACUGGCUGGAAAAGAAAGAUGUUGUAGGAAGAGCUAGAGGGUUUUUGCCGUAUGUUGGGAUGGUUACUAUUGUUAUGAAUGAUUAUCCCAAAUUUAAGUAUGCGGUUUUGGCUGUCAUGGGGGCUUUUGUACUUUUAAAACGGGAAUCUUAAAGUGAAGAAGAAUGUUAUGAUUAUAAAUAAGUUAAUAUAUAUUAUCAUGUUUUUUUUCUUUAAAAAAAAAAUGAACGUGAACUUUUCUUGACUUGUUCAAAUAAACAUUCUUUUUAAAGUUAUAA